AAGCAAUCGAUUCUCCCUGCACUCGACCGGUUUUGACCAAUUGGUUUUGACCGGCAAGCGAGAGGAAAAUCCCCCUUCAGUUAGUGUUCGUUGCUUGCAUGGGUACAAAACCUGAUCAUGCCCAUGCAUACAGUCAUUCCCGGCACGGCCUUCGGCCAACAAAACUGGCAGCCCUCUACUCCCUGUGUCUCCCCACCCACCCCUCCCGUCUCGUCACAAUGUGUCUCCAUCACCUUAGCUAUACAUACGGUCUCACACAACAUCUGAUCUCAUCCUAUGUCUCAUGAAAAACCCCGACAGACGUGCGGACCCCGACAGAAGGUGCCCGCAGUAACAGACCCUGACAUCAUAUCUAUCUCACAGCCGCUUUGUCUGCCUCUUCCCUGGGCGGUGCGAUCUCGUUGAGCAGCCGUUGUUGCAGACGACGAACGAUCCGCUGCUGCAGACGCUCGCCAACCCGCAUGGCAAACUCCUGCAUCGACGGUGCAACCACCAAAACACGAUGCCAACCAUGCUGCCGUCCAUCCAAGCCUCACUCCCUUCCUCUUCUGCCGUACCUGUGUUUGUGGCCGUCUGAGUAUGUCCCUCAGUCUUGCCAGGUCCUCGCGACUCAUCGACUGGCGCGAUGCGCCGCCACCACCCACAAGCACCCCCGACUGGUCGAUGGCCAUCUGAGCCAGCUCCACCACGCCGCUGAGAUAUCGCUGCUCCUUGGUAUCCACUUCUGUGAGUGUCUGGAGGGUUGAGAGGGAGGGCACCAGCAACGGGGGACGCAGCAGGGGCGGGAUAGGCGACAGGCUGUCGAUCAGCCGGUCUGCAAGGAGGUUGGUCACCUUCCUUCCGGACAUCUCGACGGCCUUUGACACCUCCUCUACCAAUGCGUCACGCACAAAGCCAGCCUCGGGCCUGAAUCGACAGAAGCACGCACACGUAUAUGAGGACCUACAUGCGUCCGCCUUUGUGGCUGGCUUACGAGAAGACGAAAUCGAGGACGUCCGGCAACGCCAUUGUGCUGUCGGGGAGUGUGUCGAAAUCGACGAACGCGUCUCCUUCGGCCAUCAGGCCCUGGGCAGAGUUGAGCAGGACGUUCAGCCGAGUAGGGCUAAACUCUCCAUUUUUGUACAGGAUCUCUGUCAAUGCGGUUUGGAGCACCUGCGAACCAGCAAUGGGGCACACGUGAGUAUCCUGAUGGCAAACAAGGCCGACCGGCCGGCAGUGGUCGCUUACAGGAGAUGCAUCUGUUAUAACGCGCCUCGACACAUAGGGGUAGGCCUCCUGCACCCAAGACAGACAGAGGGACAGAGAUAGAAUGAGACACAUGCACACAUGCAUCUGUCUGGGUCUUGCCAUGAUGAGCUUGAACUCGGGGUUGCCUGUGAGUGCGAUGCCCUCAAGCUGAUCCACAGACAGAGAGGAAGAAGAGAAUGAUUCACCAUGACCCCUCAUGCAAUGUGUGCGUACCACGCCCAGCGCGCGGAUGAUGAGUGCAAAAUACGGGGGAAUCGAGAAGGGGAAGUCGAACGUGACCUGCUCGGGACAGAACCCAUGCAUGACUGAUGGAUACAUUCAAUUGAUCGUGAUCAAAAGUCACCUCGGCCAGCUCGGCCGACAGAGACUGGAAAUUGAUGCUUUUGGCACCUCCCCCCUGCAUCACACAGAAGAGCCACACAUAGCAUUCACGCUGUACGCAUGUCCACACGCGUGUGCCAGCCACACGUGUGUUUGUAUGUACCUGCAGGGCCUGGUCGAGGAUUGCUGCGAGCGCUGGCCGCACCUUGUCCUUGUCUAUGUCGGCGGGGAGGAAAUCCAGCUUCACAAAGUCGUCGACCACCUUGUCGUAGUCACGAUUAGCCAGGUGAAUGAUACUCGCUAUCAUGGCGUCCAUCUCGGGCUUGGCGAUCUCCGCCAUCAGUCCAAAGUCAAUCAACACCUAGCAAGACACACAGAGACAUGGAGAAACAGAUAGAAAACACAGUUGAUGGAUGCCAUCCACCGUCUUACGCACCAGCUUUCCGUCAGGCGUUGUGAGGAGGUUGCCUGGAUGGGGAUCCUGUAUCCGCAUAUGAGACCACGUGACACCACACACCCAUGACUGUAUGUCUCCCCGUCACUGCAGUAGCACGUGCAGAUGCCCUGACCGAAUGGAAGAAGCCCAUGUCAAGAAGCUGCGUGAGAAAGCACUCGACCCCAAGCUUGACGAGCUUGUUGAUGACCUCCGGCGACUCGUCGGCCAGCUUCUUGCCCUCGAUCCACUCGGUCGUCAGCACCUUCCUGCUCGUGUACUGCUCGUACACGCGCGGAAUGUAGAUGCCGUCCAGGUGGGUGAUCUGACGCUCGAACUUGAUGGCAUUCUGACCCUCGUUCACAUAGUCCAGCUCUGCACACAGAGAGAGGGAAGAGAUCAUGGGCAUCUGAAGCGCAUCGUCUUCUUGCCGUUGUAUGUCCCAGUGGCCCACACGGACAACAGUCCCAGAAAAUCAGUCCUCUGCUUGGUGAAGCGCGAUUGGAUGCUGCCCAGCAGCAUGGAAAGCUUUCUCAGCAGAUACAGGUCCAGGCUCACUGCCCGGAGCAUAUCCGGCCGCUGCACCUUGACCGCCACGAGCUGCCCCGUUGCCUUGAGCCGACAGCGGUACACCUGUCCCAGCGAGGCAGCGGCAAUCGGAUCGUUGAAGUCCUCAAAGAUCUCGUCGGUGGGCGCCUCAAGCUCCUCCUCUAUCGUCCUGAUCGGUCAGCACAAAAAGGAGCGUUGUGUGCAUGCAUCGUGCUCUGUGUAAGCCUCAGGGUCCCCUUACUUCCUGGCGAUGGCAUUUGGGAAUGAGGGCACUCUGCACACACACACACACAACAGCGGCUUCCAUCCAAGUGGCCAUCCCGCCCUCUUUGCGCUUUCCGUACGCGUCACAGAGUUGCUGUAGCUCAUACAUGGCCGUGGGGUUCACCAGAUCGGGCCUGCACACAAACAGGCGUGAAUGGCACGCGAUCUGGACGCUCGAUCCGUGCUUGUCGCUCACCGAAUGGACAGGGCUUGCCCCAGCUUGAUGAACGUCGGCCCUAGUCGUGUGAGCAACUCCCGAAACUGGACCGCUCUCUUCUUUUUGAUGUUUUCGUCGUCGAGCCGCCCCCUCCGCCAAUCGACAAGCACCCUGAGAGCGAAGGGCGUGGCCUCGUUCAAGACUUGCACGAGCCGCCGCCGAACCUGGCACACACCCCGUAUGCACACACAUGAGCUGUGUGCUGAUCCGUCCAUCGACCCAUCCAUAUCCUGCACCUACUUGUUUGGGUCGUCUGUCCCAGUACUGAUUGAUUGCUUCAGGAUCAUAGAAGAGCGGCAGCCCAAUGUCCUCCUCGCGACCCUUGUCGCCACCAACCAUGGUGUCGGCCGGUGUCGCAUUCCUGGCGAUCAGCUGCAGGUCCUCAUCCCCCUCGCCCCCAGAGGGCACACUCUCAAGCAACUGACCACCAGCCCACACACAGCCAGAACCACAACAACACAUGCGUUCAUUCAUUCUGGCUGACGCCCGGCACUCUCGUUCCACCUGUUUCUGCACGGUAGUGAGGAGUUCCCUCUCCUCAUCUGCUGCCGGCCCCUCACUCUCAUCAUCCAGAUAUGAAUCGUCUUCAGGAUCGUUCUCAGGCGGCCGUGCCGAGGUUGGCCGCUGGUUGCGGUUGCGUGAAGCGCGGCGGAAUGCAAUGGCGGAGGGGGUGGUCCGCUGGGUGGAAGAGGGGGUACCGCCUGACGACGACGGUCGUGUCGAUGACGACCGGUAGGGCGUCGAGUCGGGACUGCUGGGGAAAACAGCACGAGCAGUCUGAUGGAAAAAGUGAAGGAGAUCCAAAUGACAUGAACGUUAUCUGCGUGCUCUGCGUGUGUCAUACUUUUCGUCGCAGUGCUGAUCCGUCAAGGUAGCCCUCGAGCGAUUCGCUGCCCCUCACUGCCCUCUCGUCUUCCGCGCCAUCAGUGCUGGCUGGCCGCUCUUUGACCGCCGCACUCAGUCUCAACGUGGCGGCUCUUCUGUGCGGCAGGCCACUCAGAGUAGGCCUAGAUCUCUGCUCCGAAGGCGCGGUGACGAUGCUUGAGAGCUGGAAUGCGUUGACCACGGAUGGGACGAAUGCGAAGAUCUGUGAUGCCGCUGGCAGCCUCAUCCCGCCGGAUUGAUGAUG